AUGGAGAGACAUAUCCUUCAAUACUGGGAGUUCAAUUCAAGCCUGAAUAUAGUUGAUAAAAAAGAAGAUACGUCAAAGAAAAUGAAACUAGCAGUGGGGUUAGCAGUUCCUUUGAGUUUUGUAGCUGUAGGAGGUCUAGUAACAUGCGCUAUAUUUUGGAGCAGAGAAAAUAAGCGUAUUAAAAAAUCGCUAGAUAAAGAUGGGUUGCCAUCCAUAAACGACGAUCUUGAAAGGGGUGCAGGACCCAAAGGAUUUUCAUACAACGAUCUUAUUUUGGCUACCAACAACUUCUCCGAUGACCUGAAGUUAGGCGAGGGAGGAUUCGGAUGUGUCUACAAAGGCUACUUAUCCCGUGAAGGAAUGGUAGUUGCUGUCAAGAAAAUAUCACAGGGUUCAAGACAGGGAAAGAAGGAGUACAUAACCGAAGUGAAAAUAAUUAGCAGUUUAAGGCAUCGAAACCUGGUUCAACUCAUCGGUUGGUGCCAUGAUCAAACUCAGUUCUUGCUUGUGUACGAGUUUUUGCCAAAUGGAAGCCUUGACUCUCAUCUUUUCUUCAAAAAGAGCACCCUUCCAUGGACAGUAAGGUACAAGAUCGCUCUGGGUUUAGCUUCUGCAUUGUUAUAUCUCCAAGAAGAAUGUGAACGUUGUGUGGUGCAUCGAGAUAUCAAAUCUAGCAACAUCAUGCUUGAUUCAGGAUUUAAUGUGAAGCUCGGAGACUUCGGAUUGGCUAGACAUAUGGACCAUGAACAUGGUCUACAAACAACCGCUUUAGCCGGAACUCUCGGUUACAUUUGCCCUGAGUACGUAACAACAGGGAAGGCUAGUAAAGAGUCAGAUGUGUACAGUUUUGGGGUGGUUGCAUUAGAGAUAGCUUGUGGGCGAAAGGCAACCGAUAAAGUUGACCCAAGUUCUUAUCUAGGGUUGGUGCAGUGGGUCUGGGGUUUAUUCGAAAAGGGUGAACUGCUUUCAUAUGUUGACCCGACGUUGAACAAGGAAUUUGAUAUUGCAGAAGUUGAGCGUUUGAUGAUGGUGGGGUUAUGGUGUUCACAUCCUGACCGCAGUAUGCGACCAUCGAUAAGACAAGCAAUUCAUGUACUGAAGUUGGAGGCAGCAGUCCCAAAAAGUUCCAUUAAAGAUGCCGAUACCCGUGUACUACACCGAAGCAGAUGCCCCUGA